UAAUUUAGUGACGCUUUAACAUAAGUUGCGAUACAAGUAAAGAAGCACUUUGAUUUUGCAUCGACACACGCGCUUUGCUGAACGUACAUUUCACACUACCUUUUUCAAUUUUCAUUCACCGAACAUCAAGGACUAUUUCGUAAUUUCCCACUUCCACUCCAUUCUAUUCCCUUUCUCUCUCCGCAAUAUCUCUCUAUUCAUCUGUGAGUUAUACAAGAGUCCGAGAGAUUUCGCGCGCCAAACACGACGGUGCUGAUAACUCCGGCGGUGUCGCUGUAACUCUCCGCCAUUACUCUCUCUCUAAACCAGGGAGAUGAGGUUACUAUCAAUUACGAUCAUUCUCUUCGAUCUACUUCUCUGUUAUCCUUCAUUCUCUUUCUCUCUCCUUGCGAAUAACUCGGUGCCGGAGCCGGAUAUUCUUCUAACGGAAAAUAACCUAACCGCCGUUGGCAAUGCCUCGCUUGCGGGAUCGAAAGAGGAUAGUCUCGCUAACAUGAUUGAUCGGGCUCUUGAAAGGGAGUUCCCCGAAAAUGAACAGAAUGAAGGUACCAAUGAUGCUGGUAGUUUCAACAACAGUGUUGCUGAACAGCAGGCUGUUUUAGAAACUGUUGCUAGAGUUAGGACCAAGAAAAAUGAGAGCAAAGAAGAAAAGUCAUUUCAGUUCCAUGAUGUUUUCAAUUUGGACAGUGAGAACCGUGUUGAGGAAACACCAACUUUAAUUGAUCGAAAGGACAAUGUCUUCAUCAUAUCCAAUCCCAAGUCAAAGUAUCCUGUUCUACAAUUGGACUUGAGAUUGAUAUCAGAUCUUGUGGUUGUCAUUGUCUCUGCAACCUGUGGUGGCAUAGCCUUUGCUUGUGCUGGACAACCGGUUAUGACUGGAUAUCUAUUAGCAGGAUCCAUCAUUGGACCAGGAGGUUUGAGUUUUGUCAGUGAAAUGGUCCAAGUUGAGACAGUUGCUCAAUUUGGUGUCAUCUUUUUGCUCUUUGCAUUGGGCUUAGAGUUUUCCACAACAAAGCUUCGAGUUGUUCGGGCGGUGGCUAUUCUUGGAGGUCUGCUGCAAAUUCUCUUAUUUAUGUGCAUGUGUGGAAUAAUAGCUUCGUUAUGUGGUGGUAAACCAUCUGAAGGAAUAUUUGUUGGUGCAUUUUUAUCCAUGUCUUCAACAGCAGUGGUCUUGAAAUUCUUAAUGGAAAGGAACAGCGUCAAUGCCCUUCAUGGUCAGGUUAUAAUUGGAACUCUGAUUCUGCAGGAUUGUGCUGUUGGUUUGCUCUUUGCACUGCUUCCUGUCUUGGGUGGAACCUCAGGUGUUCUUCAGGGAGUAAUAUCCAUGAGUAAAUCGUUGUUGACCUUAAUUGCAUUUUUGGUUGUUUUGUCAAUAUUAUCUCGUACUUGCGUACCCUGGUUCCUUAAGCUUAUGAUAAGCCUGUCAUCUCAGACCAAUGAACUUUAUCAAUUAGCAUCAGUGGCAUUCUGUCUAAUGGUUGCUUGGUGUAGUGAUAAGCUGGGUUUAAGUCUUGAACUAGGUUCAUUUGCCGCGGGAGUAAUGAUAUCAACAACGGAUCUUGGUCAACAUACGCUUGAACAAGUUGAGCCAAUUCGCAACUUGUUUGCUGCUCUGUUCUUGGCCAGUAUUGGGAUGCUUAUACAUGUCCAUUUCCUUUGGAAUCAUGUUGACAUUUUACUGGCAGCUGUUAUAUUGGUGAUCAUUGUAAAAACAAUUGUAGCCGCAUCUGUUGUCAAGGGGUUUGGAUACAAUAACAAGACUUCCAUUCUUGUUGGGAUGUCCUUGGCACAAAUUGGAGAAUUUGCAUUUGUUCUUCUCAGUCGUGCUUCAAAUGUUCAUUUAGUUGAGGGAAAGUUGUAUUUGUUGCUCCUUGGCACGACAGCUCUCAGUCUGGUGACUACUCCCUUGCUUUUCAAGCUGAUUCCUGCUGUUCUACGUCUUGGUGCAUUGCUCCGGUGGUUCCCUCCUGAUACUCCUGCUGAGGUUGUCUUUAAAGGGGAGAGCUUUCGUGCAGACAGUGCUAAGCGUAUUACUUUGAUGGUUCAAGGCUCCCAUGAUUCAUGAUGCCCAAAUAUAUUAUGACACAAUGAAUUUGCGGGAUUAACCUGAUGGCUUCUGUUAUUCUGGUGGACAGGUGCUAAAUAGUGCAAAUAAUUUUGACUAAUUGAAUACAUUUUCUAUUGCAAAGAACUGUAUACGCCGCCGCACGCAUUCAGAGCACACACUGGAAACAGUGAAUGCAAUGGCAAUCACAGGACACCGGAGGCAAGAUUUCAAACCGGAUCCAUCAACUAACCUUGUUACUUGGGCCACAUUGUUAUCAACUUGAAUGGCCUAUUUUUGUGUAUAAAGUAAUGUCUAGUUGCGGUUAGUAGUGUAAUUCAUUUUAGAUGAUUCCCCUUUUAUGUUAUCAAAUUUUUUGUGUUGAUUGGUUUUCUAAUGUGUAAGUUGUCUCUUUAGGUAGUCAUCAAUGUCAAAUGUAUCAUGCUCACAAACUAUUGAAAUUAUUAAUGAUUAAUGAUAGCAGAAGGAAAAUUGAUAUUGUUUCCCAAA